AUGUUUGAAUCGUGGUUAUUUGCGAAUUGUUUUGCCUCGAGGACUUUGCCUCUGUCAUUCAAGGUUCCCUGGUGGAUUAAGAUUUUGUUAGACGGUUUGCAACGAUACACAAGCGAUAAAUUUUUCCAAAUGGAGACUUCCAUUGAUUUAGAUCGUGAAGAUGGGUUACGAUUACGGGAUGGUACAUUGCGAUGGGUCCAUGUGGACAUCAAGAUUGAUAAAUAUUUCCUCGCAGUGGUGAUUUGUACGAUGUUUGCAAGCAUUGGCAGUGAACUAGCGCAAACGAUUAUUACUAGGGGUAGGAGGAUGUUUGAUCCCCUUGAUAUACUGUGUAAUAUGGUGGGGAGCAUUAUUGGUAUCUUGGUUGCGUAUGUGCGAGAUUGA